AUGGCUGGUAGUACAUCGAUCAUGCCGUCUCCGCCGCGCAAUCCUCCUACAAAAACGCAGCAACUUUGGCGCUGUGAUGUCUGCCACACCGCCUCUUUCGCAUCCUUUCAAGAAGCUUGCAUUCAUGAAGACCUCUGCCGUGAGGAACAAACGCGCGAGGGGGAAGAACAUCAAAAUCAUGAACCCCCCACGCACGCCAACCCGAAACGCCACCCCUUCUUCGGCGGUGUACCGAAGCCUCGCGGGGCUAGCACUACGCCUGCUUUCGUCACAGCCCACAAAAUGAAAAGGAAACCCAGCAAAGCAAAUUUGUCGUUACCUCACAAAGUUGUUGAGCGGGCAGCAAGAAAAGACGUUAGCUUGACUACAGAAGUGACACCCGUUCGCCAUUCCACACCCAACCCCCGCACCUCCUCUCUCGAUGACGGCAUCGGGAAGCGUAGCCAUCCACCACUUGACGCGGAUAUGGAUUCCGUCGGUCAGAUCUACGAUGUCAAGGAUUAUGAUACGCACGUACCUACUUCCAAAUCUCGCGCUAAAAAGACUUGCAAGCACAAAACGGAAUGUAGACUUUCACCAUUGGUGUUUGGUAAGACUAAAGAAGACUCGAAGAUAUUGAUGGCGGAACAGCGUCAGGCAGAAUUUCAAGCCAAGCGGCGUCUCAAAACUCUAAAGGAUCGGGAACGCCAGCUAAAACGUCAACGUGCAGCCGAUGACGCCACCGGGUCGACCGCGUCCUCCCAUGAUCCGACAGCCAAGCAAUACACAAACGAACGACAUCCUUGUAACCAACAAAAGAAUGUAGUUGCUCACGCGGCACGCUUUCCUACACCGUCGCACGUGAUUCCAGCGGACAGGAAGAACUCGCAAUCUGCUUCUGAUUCGAAAGCUCCUUAUUCUUGGUUGUCGCUGGAUGCGCUGAAACAAACACGUGCGGCAAUUUCUCAGCUUCAGUAUGCCGGAUGCGAUAGAAACAUGAGUGAAAAUUUUGUGCAGACAAAGCAUUCGGAAAAUGAAGCCAAACUUCGGCUGUUACCGGUAGAUGGAAACUCUUUUGCUGGAAACUUCAGGCCAAAAGAUCCAAUUAAGCUUACUUUACAAGCACAUCUCGUCCCACCCCUUGAGCCUGCCAGCAACACGGACACAUCUCUAUGGAGCGACAGGUACGGUAUUCGAAGGUUACCGGAAGAUUUGUGUGGCGCCAGUAUUGAAAAUGCUGCUCUGGAUCUGGCGAAGUUCGUCCAGGAGUGGAAACUGGAACGCCAAAAAGCUCACGAAUGUCGCGCCGAAAACCAGCGUCGUUUCCAAAAGAAUGUAUCUCGUGCCAACAAAGUUGUUUACAAGGACGACCGCGAUCUUUGGGAGGAUUCAGAUGAAGAAGGACCGUCCUUACCGAGUUUGUGUUUGAUAACGGGACCAGUUGGAAGCGGUAAAACGAGCUUGGUACAUGCUGUUGCUCAGCAACACGGCUGUCCCAUUUUGGAGAUUAACACAACCGAAAGGAGAGGAGCGUCUGCCUUACGCAAAACCAUUGAAGAGGCAACACAAAGCCACUCCACCAUGGACUUGCUGCACACACACCAAGCCAAUGUCUUUGCCACUGCGAAAAAGGGGCCAAAUACCGAUUGCAAUGACAAGUCUGUCAACUCCAUGAUGAGGGGAUCUACCCUGACGGUAAUUCUUAUAGACGAGGUCGACUUGCUGUUCGAGGCUCAAGGUGACAAUGGAUUUUGGUCAGCUUUAUGUGAUUUACAAAAACGGAGCAAGUGCCCUAUCAUUCUGACUUCCAAUCGAUUUCCGGAUUGUCUCAAUUCUCCUUCGUUUCGCUUCCAUCAUAUUGUCGUAGAUAUGCCCCAUCCUCGGGAAUGCAUGUCCAAACUACGCCGAAUUCUCGAAAAUGAACGUUUCUCGCUGUGCCGCAAUACGUCGGACAGCAGCUUGGAGAAGAUGCUUUUAGAGCUUGCUGAGCUCUGUCGAUCAGAUAUGCGACGUAUGUGUCUAGAACUGCAGCUAUUUGCCUCCUCAGAUGCUUCCUCCUUUCUCGAGGCGGCUACUGCCAUCUCUAUCGAGCCAGAGGAAACCUCAUUUGCGUCCCUUUCUUCGCGCAGCCCCAAAAUCGAUGCUAUUCAACCUAGUUGUGUUCCUUCUGAUACUUUUUCAUUCGUAACUGUGACAGGCAAAAACUUUUUAUCUCUUGUUGCGUCUCCUUCGUUGGGCAAUGGAGGCUUUCCAGUUGGCGUGAAAGUUGGCGACCAGGUGUGCUUUUCCUCGCGAAUUAUGAACGAUUCUACUAUCCUAUCGGUUGUCCCACCAUGUCGUCUACCACUAUGUGUAGGCUCUUGCGGAAUGGUGGAAGGCUGCAACAACCGGAGUCUUGAAAGUCGCUAUGCUCCGGUUGUAGUCUAUAGUCUUGCUGAACUUGGCUGUAUAUCAACCACUUUCGGCCACCUCAUUGUCGAUGAACUCACAUUGGGGACAAUAUCUUCUCUGCAUACAAUUUGCAAUCUUGAAUAUUGUUUACCAACUCCAAUGAAAACAGAGCAAAAUGAAGACGAAGGGGGCGGCCUGGAAGACGAGCAACAUAAUAUUACAUCCAUCGAGAAUGUACCUUCGAGCUUGGAUUGCUUGAUGCUUCCGAAUACAUUACCUAGAGUCUUUGAGGAGUCAAAGCUUCCGGCAAGGCUUUUGAAAGAGGGCCUAGACGCUUGGAAUUUGAAAUACGAGUUGUCGAGAGCAGUUGAAAAUUACAGACCUGUUUUACCGGCGUUAGAAAUGGAAGAAGCCUCGUUUGAUGCAGAAAUUAAUAGUGAUUCAAGACUGUUGGAGGACCUUGGAAGCUUGAGCACUCCCUUUUUGUCUGGUGCAGUUCGUGGCUUUGGUUUUGACCUAACCGAAGCAUUCCCAAAGUACAACAACGAAAAAAGCAAGCCGCCACCCGAAGACCGACUCUUUUCACUAGGUUGGAAGGAAGAUGCGUACUUUUUUGGAGGUAGCGAGAGCUACGUGAUCCUGCCGUCGCGGGUCGAAAAGCGACGACUCUUACAUUAUUCUCUAUGCUCAGAGGAAGGAGUUGGUUUGCUUACUGGUUUCUCAGCUCAUCACGAAGACGAACACAGCGCUGCAGGUACCGGCGUGGAUGUUUUCAUCUCGGAACAGGAGAACAUUGUUUUAUUUGACCAAACACAAGCAUCCUUUCUUGCCCUUCCGAGUCUCCUCAGGACUCGAAUGAGAACCCAGUUGUUCAAAGACAAAGAAAGCCAUCAGUGUCUCUAUGAGCGAAAACGGAAAGCGUAUUUUGAUUUGACAAUCGAUCGUCUUGUGAAAACUGUUUUUACAAAAAAUGCUGGUAGAUUUCUUUUCUCACGGAAUCUGACCGGCGCUAUGGUUGACGGCAUACAGGACUCAGCACUUGUCCUAGACUAUCUGCCAACGCUGAGAUGCAUUGCUCUGUACGAAAAUGAAGUCAACUAUGCUCAUGAAACGGAUUGUUACAGACAGACAACCACGUCCCAUGGUAUCUCCCGGCAUACUAGGCGUUCCAAAAAAAGGGACAUGCGGAAUCAUUUGGAGUUGUUAGCGACGGAAUCCGAUAGCAACUUCAAGGGGCUGACUCCAAAACAGCUCAGCGACUUUUUGGUUGCAAGUACGUUAAACUUUUGGCCGGCGCCGUAGGUUAAUCUUGCCAAAUUUUAGGCCUU